GGCCCUGGAGCUGCUGCUGCUGCUGCUGCUUUUGCUUUUGGGGCUGAGUUUAAUAAGCGAGCGAGCAAGCGAGCACGGGGGGAAAAAGGCAGAGAAUGUCCGCCAUCUACCCUCCGCUCCUGGGCGCGCUCUCAUUCAUAGCAGCCUCUUCAUGAAUUACAGCUGAGAGGGGCGGGGGAGGGGGGACCACACAGCACCCCAGCAAACCUCCGGGCCCCCAGGCAUGGCUAGCUCGUGUGCCGUGCAGGUGAAGCUGGAGCUGGGGCACCGCGCCCAGGUGAGGAAGAAACCCACGGUGGAGGGCUUCACCCACGAUUGGAUGGUCUUCGUUCGCGGACCGGAGCACAGUAACAUACAGCACUUUGUGGAGAAAGUCGUCUUCCACUUGCACGAAAGCUUUCCUAGGCCAAAAAGAGUGUGCAAAGAUCCACCUUACAAAGUAGAAGAAUCUGGGUAUGCUGGUUUCAUUUUGCCAAUUGAGGUUUAUUUUAAAAACAAGGAAGAACCUAAGAAAGUCCGAUUUGAUUAUGACUUAUUCCUGCAUCUUGAAGGCCAUCCACCAGUGAAUCACCUCCGCUGUGAAAAGCUAACUUUCAACAACCCCACAGAGGAAUUUAGAAGAAAGUUGCUGAAGGCAGGAGGGGACCCUAACAGGAGUGUUCACACCAGCAGCAGCAGCAGCAGCAGCUGUAGCAGCAGCAGCAGCAGCAGCAGUAGCAGCAGCAGCAGCAGCAGCAGCAGCAGCAGCAGCAGCAGCAGCAGUAGUAGCAGCAGCAGCAGCAGCAGUAGUACCAGUUUUUCAAAGCCUCACAAAUUAAUGAAGGAGCACAAGGAAAAACCUUCUAAAGACUCCAGAGAACAUAAAAGUGCCUUCAAAGAACCUUCCAGGGAUCACAACAAAUCUUCCAAAGAAUCCUCUAAGAAACCCAAAGAAAAUAAACCACUGAAAGAAGAAAAAAUAGUUCCUAAGAUGGCCUUCAAGGAACCUAAACCCAUGUCAAAAGAGCCAAAACCAGACAGUAACUUACUCACCAUCACCAGUGGACAGCAAGAUAAGAAGGCUCCUGGGAAAAGGCCUCCCGUUUCAGAUUCUGAAGAACUCUCAGCCAAAAAAAGGAAAAAGAGUAGCUCAGAGGCUUUAUUUAAAAGUUUUUCUAGUGCACCGCCACUGAUACUCACUUGUUCUGCUGACAAAAAACAGAUAAAAGAUAAAUCUCAUGUCAAGAUGGGAAAGGUCAAAAUUGAAAGUGAGACAUCAGAGAAGAAGAAAUCCACCUUACCGCCCUUUGAUGACAUCGUGGAUCCCAAUGAUUCAGACGUGGAGGAGAACAUGUCCUCUAAAUCUGAUUCCGAACAGCCCAGUCCUGCCAGUUCCAGUUCCAGCUCCAGCUCCAGCUUCACACCAUCCCAGACCAGGCAACAAGGUCCUUUAAGGUCUAUAAUGAAAGAUCUGCAUUCCGAUGACAACGAGGAGGAGUCCGAUGAGGCAGAGGAUAAUGACAACGACUCUGAAAUGGAGAGACCUGUAAAUAGAGGGGGCAGUCGAAGUCGCAGAGUUAGCUUAAGUGACGGCAGUGAUAGUGAAAGCAGUUCUGCUUCUUCACCUCUACAUCAUGAACCUCCACCGCCGUUAUUAAAAACCAACAAUAACCAGAUUCUUGAAGUGAAAAGUCCAAUAAAGCAAAGCAAAUCAGAUAAGCAAAUAAAGAAUGGUGAAUGUGACAAGGCAUACCUAGAUGAACUGGUAGAGCUUCACAGAAGGUUAAUGACGCUGAGGGAAAGACAUAUUCUGCAACAGAUUGUGAACCUUAUAGAAGAAACUGGACACUUUCAUAUCACAAACACAACCUUUGAUUUUGACCUUUGCUCGCUGGACAAAACCACAGUCCGUAAACUACAGAGUUACCUGGAAACAUCUGGAACAUCCUGAGGAUACAACUGGAUGCAUCAAAAACUAUUGGGAUUUUUUUUUUUUUUUUUGGUUGUGAGUUUUUUUGUUUGUUUGUUUGUUUAUAUGAAAACACUCAGAAUGAUGCAACCAAAAGGGAAAAAAUAAAAAUCAAACAACCUUCAGCUUUAUUUUUCUUUAAAGCCAGUCAUCAUCUCUUGAUAAAGGAGAGGUUAAGCAAACCAGCCUCAGCGGACCACUCUUCUCUCCAAGGAAAUCCUCGGGAAGAGUUAGCCUGGAUAGCCUUGAAAACAAACCUAUCAAACACAAAACAAGAAAACUUAAAGAAUGUGUAUGGUAUCAUGUCUCUCUCUGUGGUGGUUCAUUCCACAAGACGAAUGCAUAUUCAACACACUGCCUUAUUACAUAACUGAUCUAUUUAUUAUCACAUACAGAUAUUCUAAAGUUGUUGAGGGAAUGACACCGCCAGAUGUUAUAAGUACUUGGUCCCGUGGAUGCUCUUUCAAUGCAACGCCCUUGCCAUCCCAAGCCCAGUGACCUUACUCGUAUUCCGUGCCACUUUCCACCAACUUUUCAAGUCCUUUAACUUGUUGCAGUCUGUAUUUUCCAACUUUGUUUUUCCCAGUUCCAGGACACAAAUUAUAAACUGGAGGGGGUGGGGGGACCAAAUAGCCACCCUGAUUUUCUUCUUCGUGGUCUUUUUCCUGAAAGUUGGGGCCAGUCCUUGGCUAUAUCCAUGUAAUGAUCUUGGACCAUGGUAGAAAAUGCACCAAAUAGGAUCAUUAAUUGCUGUCUAGCCUUAGUCAAUAAACCUGUAGGACUUUUAAACAAAAGUGUACCUGUAAGCUUCCUGAAUCCAGCACCCUUGAGCUGUCAUCAUCAUUCUUGUGUCUGUUUACUGUUACAAUAUUAGAUUAAGUGUGGAAGUAAAGGCAUUCCACAGGAUCAUCAUUUAAAAAAAGGAAUACUGGUCCUGUUUUCUAAAGAAAUGUAGAAAUUCUUAAUUUGGAUUUAUUUAUUAGUAAGAGUUUCAGCUUUCUUCAGCUGCCAGUGUGUUGUUCAUCUUUACCAUAAAACCUGGAAUAAGAGAUUUUUAUUUGUUCACAUAUGAUCCUCUUAGACUUUUUAUAUUUGAAAAAAGUAAAAUUUUUGAGGGAAAAUUCUUGGUUAUACUACCAUAACAGAUUAUGUAUUAACUUGUAGAUUCAGUGGUUCGAUACCUGUUUAGUCACUUGCUUAUGUUUCCAGAAGGAUUUCUUGUAUUGAUGAAAAUAAAGAUGGUUGGGGGGAGGGGUGUAUUUUUGUUCUUGAUGUACCCUUGUUUUGAAAUGAGAAAUCUGUCCUGUGGCAUGCGAAAGAAAGCAAAAAUUAUUUUUAAAAAGAAAGAAAAAAAAGGUACUUUUCUUGUCAUUAUUCCAUCCUCUCCAUGAAUGGAGAAAUACAAAAUGAGAAUAGCUCAUCUUGCAAGUUUUUACUAGGCACUCCACCGGGAACAAAAGAAAAUGAAGACCAACUUCUGGAUCCAGAGAUUGGUUCACUGGAUCAGCCUUAAGAAAGUCUCUGUGUGUGCUGAUAGUCCAGUAUCUCCCUUGCUUAUCCCCACGCCAGAUGCUGUCUUUUCAUCCAGAGAUUAACUAGUGUCUGUACAGAAAAUGGUCAUUCCAGAGCCAUUCUUUUGGGCAGUAAUGUAAAUGCCGACUGAUAAUGGGAGUAACUCUGCAUUUUAAAAAGGAGGGUUUUAUGCUGUUUAUUUCUAUCCAAAGAAACAUUUUUUUUCCUUUAAAAGUUAUAAUACAGCCGUGUUGCUUGUCAGUUUCUUCUCUGUAGCGUCUUCCCAGAAGACAAAUAUGUAUUUUUUCAGCAAUGUUCUGACUCUUGAUGAUGGCCGGCAUGAACCGUGCAGUGAAGUGUUUGUUGUGUAGUCCGUUUCUCAGUGUGUAAUUUCAGAGAACCUUUGAGUCAUUUUGGACAUUUUGUGACUCCUGAAUUGUGUGGCUUUAGUUGUGCUUUGUUUUCAAUUUUACAGGUGGGAGAGGCGGACAAUGUUUAUAUGGAAGUGUUCAAAAAAUUGAAAAGCUAUCUUUAAAAAUUUCUGGCUACUAAUCCACAUAUUCUAAUUAAACCAGAAAGUUAUGUGGUUUAACCAAAAUUUCUAUGUAGUUUAACUCGAAAUGUGUAUGUGUAGUUUGGGCCGUUUUUAUUUUUGUAACUAAAUUGUGUAGCAGAAUCUAUGAUUUGGCAAUAUAAAGGUUUUUUUUUUUUUUCUUAAGUUGCUAACCAAGAAACUAGGUAACAUAAGAAAUGACCAGACGAAAAAGAUAAUAAGAAAGGCAGCUAUUACAGUGAUGAAAUUUAGAUAAUAAGGCAGAUGUCUUGAAAAUAUCAAAAUAAAUGUUUGUAAAUUUUAUACCAAAAUUGAAGAAAAUUUACCAGUCUACCUGAGUUUUCCAUGAGAUUCUGAUAAAGUAAGGGUCAUGCUGUUGAUAUUUUGAAGUUUUACUGUUACUCUCUGUCUUAGUCAUCUAGUGUUGCUGUAACAAAUACCACAAGUGGAUGGCUUUAACAAAGAAAAAUUUAUUCUCUCACUGUCAAGUAGGCUACAAGUCCAAAUUCAGGGCGUCGGCUCCCGGGGAAGGCUUUCUCUCUCUAUUGGCUCUGGAGGAAGUUCCUUGUCCUCAGUCUUCCCCUGGCUGUGAGGAGCUUCUCAGGCUCAGGUACCCCAGGUUCAAAGGACAUGCUCUGCUCCUGGUGCUGUUUCUUGGUGUUAUGAGGACCCCAGGUCUCUGCUAGCUUCCCUUUCUUUUUAUCUUUUGAGAGAUAAAAGGUGGUGCAGGCCACAUCCCAGGGAAAUUUCCUUUAUGUUGGAUCAGGGAGGUGACCUGGGCGAGGGUGGUAUUACAAUCCCACCCUAAUCCAUUUAAACAUGAGCAGAGGUCAUGAUUUAUAACACAUGGGAAAAUCACAAAAUGGAGGACAACCACACGGCCUAACCAAGUUGACACAUAUUUUGGGGGGACACAAUUCAAUCCAUUAUAUUCUCAUUAUCUAAUUUUUGAAUGAAGAAAUAAAUCCAUUUUCAAUUGAUUCCAUGUAGUUAUACCCCUAUUAAAGUAACCCAUUUAGUUUUGCCACAUUUCUAUAAACUCACCUCUGAAACCUGCUAAAAUAAGUUUUUAGCACAUGUAUCCUAACUGUGGCUUUGGUGUUUUAAGCACAAGGGGAAAAUGGCAGGGCUUAAUUUCUUUGGUGUGUGUAUAGACACACACACACACAUAUGUUUCAAAGAAAACCGAGUGUGAAUAUGGUUUGAAUCAGCCAGAGUAUAGUAAAUUUUCUUUAAAUCUUUCCUUAGUGAUUUGCAGAGAAAAAUGAAGUUUGUACAAAGCUUUUUUUUCCCUUAUAAACUAGCUUUUGCCUCUGGAUUUGCAGCAGAAUGUGUAUGGGGAGGGUCCUUUUAUCUUAGGGUAUAGCAGUCAUGUUAGCAACAAAAAUGUUUGAGUCAUUUGAUAUCUUCAUCACAAUCCAUGUCGCUGAUGUCUUCAUGUAGACAAAUAGGUACAUUCAUAUGUGGUUGCGGGAAACCCUGGUGGUGUAGUAGUUAAGAGCUACAGCUGCUAACCAAAAGGUUGGCAGUUCGAAUCCACUAGGCGCUCCUUGAAAACUCUAUGGGGCAGUUCUACUCUGUCCUAUAGGGUUGCUAAGAGUCAGAAUCCACUCGA